AUGAGUAGCGCCGCCGCGACCGCGACGUCGUGUCACGGGCUCGGGGUCGCGCUGCUGGUGCUGCUGCUUGUUGCCGCCGUUCUCGGUGGAGCCGAAGCCGAGGGGAAGGCGCACAACUACGAGGACGCGCUGCAGAAGAGCCUGCUCUACUUCGAGGCGCAGCGCUCGGGCCGGCUCCCGCACAGCCAGCGCGUCGCCUGGCGCCACCACUCCGGCCUCACCGACGGCCUCGAGCAAGGGGUGGACUUGGUGGGGGGAUACUACGACGCCGGCGACCAUGUCAAGUUCGGCCUGCCCAUGGCGUUCACCGUCACGAUGCUGUCGUGGAGCCUGAUCGAGUACGGCGGCGACGUCGCGGACGCCGGCGAGCUCGGCCACGCGCUCGAGGCCGUCAAGUGGGGCACCGACUACUUCAUCAAGGCGCACACCAGGCCCGAUGAGCUGUGGGCUGAGGUGGGCGACGGCGACACGGACCACUACUGCUGGCAGCGGCCGGAGGACAUGACGACGUCGCGGCAGGCGUACAAGGUGGACCGGGACCACCCAGGCUCCGACGUCGCCGGCGAGACCGCGGCGGCCAUGGCGGCCGCGUCCAUCGUCUUCCGCGACUCCAACCCGCACUACGCGCACCUUCUCCUGCACCACGCCCAGCAGCUGUUCGACUUCGCCGACAAGUACAGGGGGAAAUACGACAGCAGCAUCGCGGAGGUGAAGAGCUACUACGCGUCGGUGAGCGGGUACAAGGACGAGCUCCUGUGGGCCGCCCUGUGGCUCCACCGCGCCACCGGCAGAGCUGACUACCUCGACUACGUCGUCGACAACGCCGACAGCUUCGGCGGCACCGGCUGGCCCAUCAACGAGUUCAGCUGGGACGUCAAGUACGCCGGCGUCCAGAUCCUAGCAGCAAGGUUGCUGCUGAGAGGGGAGCACGCGACGCGCCACCGGAGCACGCUGGAGCGGUACAGGGCGAAGGCGGAGCGCUACGUGUGCGCGUGCCUGGGCCGGAACACGGAAGGCGGCGCGGACGCCAACGUGGAGCGCAGCCCCGGAGGGAUGCUCUACAUCCGGCAGUGGAACAACAUGCAGUACGUGACCAGCGCCGCGUUCCUGCUCUCCGUCUACUCAGACUACCUGGCCGAGGCCGGCGCCCGGACCGUGUCGUGCGCGGGCGGCGAGACCGUGGCGGCCGAGGAGGUGUUCGCGCUCGCCAGGGCGCAGGUGGACUACGUGCUGGGCACCAACCCCAGGGGCGUCAGCUACCUCGUCGGCUACGGCUCCAAGUACCCCAACCGGGUGCACCACCGCGCCGCGUCCAUCGUGCCGUACAAGCACAGCAAGGAGUUCAUCGGCUGCACGCAGGGGUUUGACCACUGGUUCGGCCGGCGGAGCUCCAACCCAAACGUGCUCGUCGGCGCCAUCGUCGGCGGGCCCGACCGGCGAGACAGGUUCAGGGACAACCGGGAGAACUACAUGCAGACGGAGGCCUGCACGUACAACACGGCCCCGAUGGUCGGCAUGUUCGCCAAGCUGCACCGGAUGGCGCGGCAGGAGAGGGAACACGGGUCGACGACGCCGGUGCCCGUGACGUCCACGGCGGCAGAGGUGUAA